UUCUCCAAAAAAAAAAAAUUGAAUACACAAUGAAGCCUUUAAAUACACCACACCAUAGCCUCCGUCCGGUCGAGCCCAGUGCCCAGAGACAUAAAAACCAUGUGUGGUAUUAUAGCGGCCUUCUGUCUUUCCUUUCUUCUUACACCAUCCUUAACUGCAUUGGAUGCAUCACCUCCGACGCUGCCAUCCAGACAUUCCGGUCAUGCCGACGAAUGUACUGCCCUCCUCCAGUUCAAAAAUUCACUCAAAAUCAAUGAAGAAAUUGUUACUAGAGAUAUGUGUGCGGAAAGUUCCUUCAAUUACACUUCGUCUCUGAAGACAGCCUCUUGGAAGGAAGGUACUGAUUGUUGCAGCUGGGAUGAGAUCACCUGCGAUGAUACUACCAGUAAUGUAAUCAAAAUCAACCUUACUUGCAGUUAUCUUCAAGGCACCCUCCAUUCCAACAGCUCCCUCUUUUCACUCCAUCAUCUUCAGAGACUCUACCUCACAGUGCUGCACAUCUUUGACAUCUCCAACAACAGUUUCAUUGGAACUUUUCCGAGCCAAUACAUCGCCAAUUUCAACGACAUGAUGGGUGGAGACAAACAAGGGCUUCUAAAGUACGGUACCAGGAGGUGGUCCAAAUUCCAUUCUACAACUGUGAUUUACAAAGGGGUGCAGACGCAGUUGUCACGUAUACGUGAAGCAUUAGUUAUCAUUGACCUAUCACAUAACCAUUUUCAAGGGGAGAUACCCAAAGUAAUUGGGAGUCUACAAUCACUUAUUGGGCUCAACUUAUCGCAUAACAACUUUCGAGGUUUGAUCCCAACUUCUCUAGGAAAUUUGACGCAUCUCGAGUGGCUUGACCUGUCCUCGAACAAUUUCACAGGAGAGAUCCCUGCAACAUUGACAAAUCUGACGUCACUGGCCAUCUUCAAUGUCUCCACAAACCAGCUCACAGGACAAAUUCCUCAAGGGAAACAAUUCGGCACUUUCAGUAGUGAUUCUUUUGAAGGGAAUCCCAAUCUGUGCGGACCUCCCCUGCCAAAACCUUGUACUGAAAGCCCUCACCAAGAGGUGCCACCGGCCUCCCAGGAUGAAGAUGAUGCAGACCACUGGAUUGAAUGGAGAGCAGUGCUGAUGGGAUACGGAUGUGGAACUGUAAUCGGUCUUUCUAUUGGAUAUAUUUUUAUUCAAAUUAGAAGGCCGCCUGCGUGGCUCAUCAAAAUGGUCGUGAAAAAGCAAAUCAGAACAGAAAACAAGCCACGGAAGAGCUCUCUGGGGACUCAUGGAAGGAACCAUCGAGCCCUGUGAAUUUGACGAGGCAACAGAUGGAUGAUGUCGGUGGACUCUGCAUCAAGUGCGAGGAACAAAACAAAAUAGCGGUCCGACUCUUCAUGUUCAAGCCAGAAGGUCAUGCAUGCCAGAUAUUUACAUAGUAAUUAUUUGGAUAUAUGAUAUAUGUGUGCACUGUGUUUCAAUAGUUUGAGUAAAUUCUGUCCAGUGUUUACCGGGUGUGUAAUUUGUUUUUGUAAUUGUUAGUACUUGUGCAAUAUCGGUGUUAAUGUAAUUUCAAUAACUCGUCAAGUGGACUGCUAUUAUGAUAGAUGAAAUAACUUU